AUGGCUGUCGAUCAAGCCACAACGCCGGAUAGGCGCACCAGCUCAGACGACACGGUCAAUCCUGCGCGCAGCACCGAUGGCGAGAUCAAGGCCAUCGAGGCCGGUGAGGGCAUCGACAAGGAGUUGGGAGAUAACAAGGUUGGCCAACCACCGGCAGACGAACCGGAAGCCAGCCGGACCAAGAUUGAGACGGUCCUCAUCAUCUUCGCCUUGUGUCUGGCGCUGUUCUUGGCGGCGCUGGAUAUGACCAUCAUCACCACUGCCAUCCCGACUAUUUCCAACCACUUUGGAUCAAGCGCCGGCUACGUCUGGAUUGGAAGUGCCUAUCUGCUCGGCAACGCUGCGUUCGUGCCCACAUGGGGCAAGAUCUCCGACAUCUUCGGCCGCAAGCCCACGCUCAUCGCUACCGUCACCAUCUUCUGGAUCGGUUCGCUGCUCUGCGCCGUCAGCACCAGCAUGGGCAUGCUCAUUGCUGCCCGUGCCAUUCAGGGCGUUGGUGGUGGCGGCACCAUUGUCCUUCCCAACAUCUGCAUCUCCGAUCUUUUCUCCAUGCGCAAGCGAGGCAUGUACUUUGGUAUUCUCGGCAUGGUCUGGGCCCUGGCUUCGGCCAUUGGACCCAUCCUCGGCGGUGUCUUCACCAGCAAAGUCUCAUGGAGAUGGUGCUUCUACAUCAAUCUACCUCUGGGUGGUAUCGGACUGCUCAUCCUCAUCUUCGUCCUCAAGCUGCACAACCCUCGCACGCCCGUCAAGCAAGGACUGGCUGCCAUCGACUGGGUGGGCAACCUCCUCAUCAUCGGCGGCACGCUCAUGCUGCUCUUUGGGCUCGAGUUUGGCGGCGUUCAGUUCCCCUGGAAGUCCGCUACCGUCAUCUGCCUCAUCGUCUUUGGCUUCAUCACUAUUGUCCUCUUUGGCUUGUAUGAGAAUCGAGUCGCCAAGAUUCCCGUCAUGCCUACUCGACUGUUCCGUGACAGGACCAGCAUUGCCGCCUAUGGCCUGUCUAUCAUGCACGCCAUGACCUUCAUGUCCGGCAGCUACUGGCUUCCGCUCUACUUCCAAGCCGUCUUGGGCGCCACGUCUCUGCUUUCUGGUGUCUACAUCCUGCCCUACGUCCUGGCCCUGUCCAUCACGUCUGCCUCAACGGGUAUCUUCAUCAAGAAGACGGGCAACUACAAGAUCCCCAUCGUGUCGGGACUGGCCAUUAUGACUCUGGGCUUUGGUCUGUUCAUUGACCUGGGUGCCAAGGCGAACUGGGCCAAGAUCAUCAUCUUCCAGAUCAUUGCUGGUAUCGGUGUCGGUCCCAACUUCCAGUCUCCCCUUAUUGCUCUGCAGACCAACGUCGAGCCCCGCGAUAUCGGAGCUGCUACCGCCAGCUUCCAGUUCCUCCGACAGCUCGGGACCUCCACCUCUGUGGUCAUUGGCGGCGUCAUCUUCGACAACGAGAUGCAGAAGCAGCAGGCCUCGCUCAUCCGCGAGCUUGGACCUGAGUUGGCCAGCAAACUGUCCGGCUCCGAGGCUGCGUCCAGCGUGUUUCUGGUGGCUUCCCUCAAGGGCCAUCAGCGAGAGGUGGCCCAGACCGCUUACUGGAAUGCCAUGCAAAAGAUGUUUAUUGCUUACACAUGCUUCGUGUUUGUCGGGCUUCUUAUCAGCUUCUUUGUGAAGCAGAAGACGCUCAGCAAGCAGCACACUGAGCACAAGACGGGCCUCAACUCACUCAAGCUGGAGACCAAGAAGAAGCAAGCCGAUGUUGAGAAGGCCGUGGACGUUGCUGAAUGA